AUGUCUAUUAUCAAGAGGAGGGAGAGACAUCUCAGUGAAAGACUGUCUGGUAAGGUCAACCUUUAUGCUCUCUGUGAUCAGUGAGUUGAUCAGCAUGGUACUGAUAGGAAUGUGUUUUUUUCAUGAAGUAUCGUCCAUGCAAGCAGAUGGCAAUGACCUAUUUACAAAAGCACAACCUGCUUUGUACUGCAUUGCUCAUAACACGUUUUCUAUAGUGUGACCUGACUAGCACCUUUGUGGUGGUAAUAGAGUGUAUUAGAAACAGAAAGCUAUGGCUUCGCAGACACGAAUGUCUCACAGUGAGUCAUGCAUCACAGAGCAACAGGGCAAAGAUGACGACCAAGAAGUUAUGGUGAAAUACUACCACUAGCGUUGUGUUGAACUUGUUUGUUGGGAUUUUGUAAUACGGAUGUGACGGAAUGAAUGACCCAUGAACCGGAUAUAGACGUUCUUCUUGUCGAAAGCCUCAUUCAUUUUUUCAGCAUGUGACACAGUAUUUAGUAAGCUCCAAACUACUUUUCUGUUUCGUUUUCCAUCCCUGAUUUCCAUCCUGAUUUCCAUCCGUUUCCUGCAGAGUGCAAUGGCAAGCCUGAUAUUCAUUAGUAUUUUGUUGUUGUCUGGUAAGUUUUAUAUUCUCUUUCGUGCCGUUGUGGUUCUGUCCCUCGUGGCUGCCUAAUCUGUCCCUGGGCAUUUUAUCCACACCACCUUUGCUUACAAAUACAACACACACCACACCCAAAUUUCACGAUUCAUUGUUUGAAUGCAAGUUGCUGCCGCAUUAGUAUGCCAAGUAUUUAUAUCAGUAGGCUAUGAUACUACAACACUGUAAUUAUAAUUGAUUGGAUUAUUAUAGUGCUUUUCCAGACAAUCAAAUAGAUUUUUAAUAUAAGAGUGGAAACCCACCUUGGUCGUCCACUUUGGUGAUGAUACGGCAGACAUUUUGUGCCAGAAAGCUCACCAUGCUAUACCCAGGGCUGGCUAUGGGCUCCAUUCAUUUUGUAUUUUCCCUUUAUUACACUCUCCAACCCCACCACCCCUUCCCUAAUUGGAGUAAACCGGUGAACAACAAUGCUUAGGCGUCUACUUCCAGCUUAUACAUACUAUAUACAUCUAGGCCUCUACUUCUAGCUUAUACAUACUAUAUACAUUUUAUGGACACAGUCAAUUUUAUAAUAAUUAUAUUUAGUUUGUUAUUAUUUGUUGUUAGUUGUUAUUAGUCCCAUCCUUCAACUCCAUUCAACACCUCCCAUCUAUCUCUUAACACCAUCCAUUUUGGAUUUCAAUUCGCCAUAUAUUUUUCAACUGUACUGUGAUGUUUUACAAAAGUUCUGAACCUUUCUAUUCUCAUUGUUUCUACAGAUUGUAAAUUGAAAAUAAUCAUUUUUACUAAAAGUAUUAUUAUAUUAUUGAUUGAUUGACUAUGACUUUUCAGAUCACCCAGUAAUGCUAUCUGCAGGGUUAGCUCCAGGUAAAUAUUGCAAUCCUUUAGCCAUUCCUGGACCUGUGUCCAAAAAUAAGCUACAAAUGGACAGUACCAAAACAAAUUAUCUAAUGAUUCUGUCUCUUCGCAGCCAAAUCUGCAGAGCUGGGAAGAUUGUAUCCCCCAUAUAAAUAACCUUCUAUUGGUCGCAAGAAUUUUAUAUGAUAAUUUAAAUUGAAAGAUUCUACGUUUUUUAAUCCGGUGUCAUUUUGCGUAUCAGUUCAUAAACACUAUGCCAUGGGAUCGGUUCGUCUAAAAUCUCUUCCCAACUAUUUUGCAAUCUAUAUGGGACGGCUGUCAAUCCUUUGGUCCUUAAAUGACACUGAUAUACUUCUUUAUUUAUCACAGUUUUCCUUAACCAAUUAAGUUAUUUAAUGCAGGGCCGACAGACAACAGCCAUAUGGGCUCGAUUCUUAACAAAAGAGUUGAGAUGGUGCUGAAGGAGAAGGGCAACAUCUUACGAGUUGCAACUCACUCUUUGUGAUAUGGUGACUUUUAUUUGCUGCUGCUACUCUGUUCUUUAUUUUACUCUUAUUAUGAUCUAUCCUGAUGCCUAGUCACUUUACCCUGCCUUCAUGUACACAUCUACCUCAAAUACCUUAUUAUGAUCUAUCCUGAUGCCUUAUCUUAGCUCACUGGUCACCAUAGCAACACCCACCCGUAGUCUGCACUCCAGCAGGUAUAUCUCACUGGUCAUUCCCAAAGCCAACACCUCCUUUGGCCGUCAUUCCUUCCAGUUCUCUGCUGCCAAUGACUGGAACGAACUGCAAAAAUCUCUGAAGCUGGAGACUCUUAUCUCCCUCACUAACUUUAGGCGUCAGUUGUCAGAGCAGCUUACCGAUCACUGCACCUUUACACAGCCCAUCUGAAAUUAGCCCACCCAGCUACCUCAUCCCCAUAUUGUUAUUUAUUUAGCUAAUUUGCACCCCAGUAUCUCUAUUUGCACAUCAUCUUUUGCACAUCUAUCAUUCCAGUGUUAAUACGAAAUUGUAACUAUUUUGCACUAUGACCUAUUUACUGCCUUACCUCCAUAAUUUACUACAUUCGCACACACUGUAUAUAUAUUUUCUGUUGUAUUUUUGACUUUAUGUUUUGUUUACCCCAUAUGUAACUCUGUGUUGUUGUUUUUAUCGGACUGCUUUGCUUUAUCUUGGCCAGGUCGCAGUUGUAAAUGUGAACUUGUUCUCAACUGGCUUACCUGGUUAAAUAUAUACAGCACCAUGCCAUAUAUUACUGUAUGAUGAUUGAUUAUUUAUAAUAAUUAAACAUGUUCUUAUAAAAUAUGAUAACAAUAGCUUGUCUGUGAUUCCAAAUCAGAGCUGGAUGUUAUGGCUUCCUGACCUCUCACUCACUGUCAUCAACCACAUCCGUGGGUGGGUAGAGCCGAGAGCAGAGGCAGGUCCUGUGGUGUAGACCCACGUUGGAUUAGAUUAGAUUACCAACACCUUGUUGGUUCUGUGGAUCUAGCUGUAGACUAGUUGUAAACUUGUCUGGCAACCUUUUCCUCUCUAACGUCAUCCUUGAUUGGUGACUUCACACAAAUAGUGCUUUAGGAACUUCCAUUAGUGAGGCCUGAGAAUGUUCUCAGAACUGGGAAUGGAGAGGCAGGAAAGUCCCAGGCUUGUACUUGUAGUACGUCAAUAAUACGGCAGAUCCUGUUUUUUUUUUUUAAAUCUUCACAAACAUGUCAUCUCUGUGAGGCCUAGUUUGAUACACAGUGAACCUGUCUUUAUUAGCCUGGUAAACGUGGAGUUCAGUUUGAACUAACUAUUGCCUCUUUGUUUGGAAAGUUAUUUCAGUAGUUUCAUCAACCUACCCGAAGGAGCAAACCGUCGUUGGAAUCAUCGGAGAGCCCGUCCUUCUGCCUUGCGGUCACUCCAAAUUGUCAACUGGCAACUACCCAACAAAAACCCGAAUCUAUUGGCAAGAUUUAACCCCCAAAGUGCUGCAUGUUUUCAAAGAUGGAAAUGAAGAGUAUGACUACCAAGACCCUUUUUACACAAACAGAACAACAAUUAACAGAGAUCAGUUGGCUUCUGGAAAUCUGUCACUCCUGCUCAACCCAGUAAAUGUCCCAGACAAUCGCCUGACCUGCUGUGUCAUUCUAAUAAUAAAUGGUGUAAAAUCAGAAGUGUGCCGAAUCACUGUCAAUGCAGCAGGUAGGCUAUGGAUUGGAGAGCUAUUGUUAAAUCAGGCUCAUGUUUGGAGGGUGGGACUGGAACACAAUGGUUCUUUAGCUCAUAAUGUAAAAAUCACAUCCUUGUUCUGGAAACAUUCGCAUUACCAAAGUAAUAUGUACCAUAAAUACCAUCAGCACAUCUUUCUCAUAAUCACGCUCGUUCCGGCGUUGUCUCAUUGUGCUCCUUACAGCGAGAUACCAGAAGCCCAAUUUGACAGUAAACUCCACAGACAUGACGCUGGUGUGCACCACUUAUGGAGGCUUCCCCGAAGCCCAGAUGACAUGGAGGACCCAUAACCGUACUCUGGACCCUCAGGAGGCUGUCACCAAGACCACCCAGGAUCCCGGAACGAGAACCUACAACAUCAGCAGCCGAGUGAAUGGGACAGAGGGACAAAAUAUGACCUGCAGUGUCCACAACCCCACCCUCAACGAGAUCCAGAGUACCUCUAUCGUCAUACGUAAGUCUGUGAGUUCUACCAAACAGUGAAUGUACAGAGACAGUGAGGCCUAAUCACUUCAGAUGCACUGCUGAAUGUCAUUACAAAGAUUUAAAUCAGAUUUAGACCAGUAAACGAAACCAAUUCUCCUCAACUGGAUUAGUUGCAAUCCAGGGUGCCCGUUCAAGUGUUUCAGGUCACAUGACAAAUUCAUAAAUAUCGAAGGUCAGAUUGUGAUGAAAGCGAGUGCAGCUCAAACCCAAUUUGCGCUCAGACAUCGCCCUCUAGUGGUUUGAUUCAGUAGUAGUCAACUAAUUGGAAACCAUGAUGAUUUGGAAACAUUUGGUAGCAUGGCACAUUAAAUAAUAUCCAAUAUGUUGAUUAUUUUAAAUGAGCUCCAUAAAUGUCUAUGUUUUGUCUUUGUCAUCACUCGGAUAAACGGUAUACAACUAAGAGAAAAUGUUGGAUCAGGGGUUUCCAGGAGAGAUCUAAAUCACAGCAUUCAUGUUUUCUUGUUCACGUACAAAAUGGUCUUCACAUUGUGUCUUUACAGCCAAAAAGGAAAACCUUUCACUGGGAAUUAGCCUGGCAGUUUGUGCGUCCGUCAUCAUAUCGUUGAUUGCGGUCACUCUCUGUAUAAAAUGUGAGUCUCAAUCUUUUCCUUUUGAAUUGACUUACAGUAGUAGUAGGCUGGCGUCGUGUAACUCAAUAAGGAUCAAAGGUAGUGGUAUGUAUUGUAAAAGUGGGCGUACUCUUCUGUUACUGCAGACCUCAACUUCAGGAAGCCACGGAGAAAGAUGAUCCAUUGCUGUCCACAAUCUGAUCCUGAACACCCUCCACAAGAACCAGGUGAGUCUUAUACUGCACAGUACUAUAGUGUAUCUGUAUAACUUACUAUAGAGUGUCUGUAUAACUUCCUAUAGAGUGUCUGUAUAACUUCCUAUAGCGUGUCCGUAUAACUUACUAUAGAGUAUCUGUAUAACUUACUAUAGAGUGUCUGUAUAACUUCCUAUAGAGUGUCUGUAUAACUUACUAUAGAGUGUCUGUAUAACUUCCUAUAGCGUGUCCGUAUAACUUACUAUAGAGUAUCUGUAUAACUUACUAUAGAGUGUCUGUAUAACUUACUAUAGAGUGUCUGUAUAACUUCCUAUAGAGUGUCUGUAUAACUUACUGUAGUGUAUCUGUAUAACUUUCCUCUCUCUGAUUUGUCGUUUGCAGAAAUUGAGGAACUGAAUCCACAACAGUAG